GAGGAGUGAUGGAGGGUAGUGUGUGUGGCCUCGUGUUCAAGAAGCGGGUCCGAACCGCGGGCAGCGGCCGGCGGAAACGGCCCGGCAGCGACCAGGGGAGCAGCGGGGAGGAGGAGGGCAGCGCCGUGGUGCGCAAGGAGCGGCGGCGAGACGUCCCCAACCCCAUGAUCCAGAAGGUAAGAGAGCGCCGAGGGAGCGCCCGCUCCGCCCGCCAGGCUCAGCCGGGACUGCGCUGCAGCCUUGGCCCCCCCAGCCCUGCUGUCCCGGCCCGGAGCGGGCACUGCGCGAGGGACAGGCCGGAGUACGGGCCGAGCAGCAGCGAGGAUGAGGAUCCUGCCAAGGAGAUCGGCGUCACCUACAAGUCCACGAGGUCGACGAAACCUGUUGGCCCAGAAGACAUGGGAGCCACAGCAGCGUAUGAACUGGACACGGAGAAGGAGAAGGAUGCCCAGGCCAUCUUUGAGCGCAGCCAGAAGAUCCAGGAGGAGCUGAGAGGAAAGGAGGAUGAUAAAAUUUACCGUGGUAUUAACAACUACCGGAAGUACAUGAGGCCCAAGGACACAUCGAUGGGAAAUGCCUCUUCAGGCAUGGUCAGGAGAGGCCCCGUCCGUGCUCCGGAGCACCUGCGGGCCACGGGGCGCUGGGACUACCAGCCCGACCUCUGCAAGGACUACAGAGAGACCGGCUUCUGCGGCUUCGGGCACAGCUGCAAGUUCCUGCACGACCGCUCGGACUGCAAGCACGGCUGGCAGAUCGAGCGGGAGCUGGAUGAAUGCCGCUACGGCGUCAGCGAUGAGGAAAACUACGAGGUGAGCAGCCAUGAGGAGGACACACCUUUCAAAUGCUUCAUCUGCAGAGGCUCCUUCAAGAACCCCGUGGUCACCAAGUGUCGGCACUACUUCUGUGAGAGCUGUGCCCUGCAGCACUACCGCAAAUCCCAGCGCUGCUACGUCUGUGACAGGCAAACCAACGGGGUCUUCAGCCCUGCCACAGAGCUCGGGGCAAAACUGGAAAAACACAAAGGGGAGGAGGAGGAGUUAAAGUGAGAGCAUGGAGUGGCAAGGACUUCAAACCUCGGGUGAGGGGAGAGGAAACCGAGGUGCAGCCAGCAGGGCUGCACCAGCAGGGAGGGCUGAACUGACUUCAUUGAGCUUCUGGGGAGCACAGUACAAACCAUUUUCUCAGUGCAAUAAACCAUAUCAGUG